AUGACGUUCCUUCCGCUUCCUAAUGACUCAACGUUUUACAAUCUUCCGUUAAAACGGUCUCAGUACAAGGAGAACAUGACAGAUCCAGUGAUACCAGCCGACCAGCUGGGCCAACAAGUUCUGGACGAUGUUUUCAAAUCAAUGCCACCCACAAAGCGAGGAAUUGCCAUUGGAAUCGCCAAUGAAACACCUUACAAAUGGAGUGGAAUGAGUCCCUAUUUUCGUUCUGGUAAACCUGGUUCAAAUAUGAUCCCCGAAUUCGUGAAAAGCAAGGAAGCAGCUCUGUAUACUGCCACAAAACGAUGUGGCGAAGCAACAGGAAGUGUAGGGGUGCUUACCUUCUUCAUCCCAGAAGACAAAAAGACCGUGGCAGUCAUGUUCAGUGUACCAUUCGACCGCAAUUUGUACAGGAAUUGGUGGGAUGCUAAAGUUUAUCGUGGUAAGAAGGAAGCUGACCACGAUAUGUAUUCUUCUAUNCAAAGACAAUGCUGA